GUAGCCGCGCCGGCUUCGGCAUCGCCGCCAUCUUUGUUGAUGUGUCAGCUCCUCAGGGGUUUUGGGGGAAAACCUCGGUUGAGAGCCCGGGAUCGGUUGUGGUCUCCGCCCGUGACUUCCUCGCCCACUCCGCGUCGACUAGACGCCGCCAUGGAUUCUCCGGCCCCGGAGCCGGAGCUCCAUCGGCCUCGCUAGGGUGCGGCCCGGGGCUGGGCGACGGACGAUGUAAAUGAAGAUCAGGAACAGAUUUGAAGAAAUGCAAAGUGAAUUGGUGCCAGUCAGCAUGUCAGAGACAGAGCACAUAGCCUCCAUUUCUUCUGAUACAACUACUGGGAAAACAUCUGAACUGAAGGAUGACUCAUGCAUCUCAAUUUCUAGUGAUGAAAGCAGCCGAUUAGAAACGGGAUCUGAACUAUUAUCAUUGAACUCUGACAGAAUUUUAUGUCAGACUGAUAAACACUGUAGUCAGAUUGAAGUACAGGAAAGCCAUGUUCCAGACUGUGCAAGUGGUGAGAAUUCUUGUGCUAAUACAGACACAUGCCCAGAAAAUUCUGAACAAAUAGAUGACUUUCCUGGUGGGGACUUUACAAAACAAGUCUCAAAAACCAGUGAACCAGAGCACACAGUAACACAAAUACUGGCAGAGUUAAAGUCAUCUGCACCCACAGAAGCUGGUAAUCCAAAGACCUCUUCAGCAAGCCUCUACGAUACAGACUGCACCAGGAAACUCAUCUCAAAGAUAAAGACUGUUUCAGCCUCAGACGAUUUGUUGGGAGAGAUCGAAUCUGAGCUCUUAUCUGCUGACUUUGCAGAGGAACACCAAGUACCGAAUGGAGUGAAUAAAGGAGAGCAAGCGUUAGCCCUGUUUGAGAAGUGUGUACACAGCAGGUACCUGCAGCAGGAGCUCACUAUUAAACAGUUAAUUAAAGAAAAUAAGAAUCAUCAGGAACUUAUCUUAAAUAUUUGUUCAGAAAAAGACAAUUUAAGAGAAGAACUGAAAAAAAGAACAGAAACAGAGAAACAGCAUAUGAACACAAUUAAACAGUUAGAAUUAAGAAUAGAGGAACUGAAUAAAGAAGUUAAAACCUCCAGAGAUCAGCUAGUAGCACAGGAUAUCACAGCCAAAAAUGCAAUCCAGCAAAUCCAUAAAGAGAUGGCCCAGCGGAUGGACCAGGCCAAUAAGAAAUGUGAAGAGGCCCGCCAGGAAAAGGAAGCCAUGGUCAUGAAGUACGUGAGAGGCGAGAAGGAAGCUCUAGACCUUCGAAAGGAAAAAGAAACCCUUGAGCGGAAACUUAGAGAUGCAAGUAAGGAAUUGGAGAAAAACACUAACAAAAGUAAGCAGCUGUCUCAGGAGAAAGGGCGGCUGCAGCAACUCUAUGAAUCGAAGGAGGGUGAAACAACUAGACUCAUCAGAGAAAUAGAGAAGUUAAAGGAGGAGAUGAACUCUCACAUCAUUAAAGUAAAGUGGGCGCAAAACAAGUUAAAAGCUGAAGUGGACUCGCACAAGGAAACCAAAGAUAAACUCAAAGAAACAACUACAAAACUAACCCAGGCAAAGGAAGAAGCUGAGCAGAUCAGGCAAAACUGUCAGGAUAUGAUAAAAACAUAUCAGGAAUCCGAAGAACUUAAGUCAAAUGAGCUAGAUGCAAAGCUCAGAGUCACAAAAGGAGAACUUGAAAAGCAAAUGCAAGAGAAAUCCGACCAGCUGGAGAUGCAUCAUGCUAAAAUAAAGGAACUAGAAGAUCUGAAGAGGACAUUUAAGGAGGGCAUGGAUGAGCUACGGACAUUGAGGACAAAGGCGAAGUGUCUAGAAGAUGAACGCUUAAGAACUGAAGAUGAGUUAUCAAAGUACAGGGAAAUUAUCAAUCGACAGAAAGCUGAAAUUCAGAAUUUAUUAGACAAGGUGAAAAUCGCUGACCAGUUACAGGAGCAGCUUCAAAGUGGUAAACAAGAAAUUGAACGUUUGAAGGAAGAAAUGGAAAGCCUUAAUUCUCUGAUUAACGACCUACAGAAAGACAUUGACGGCAGCAGGAAAAGGGAGUCUGAGCUCCUGCUGUUCACAGAGAAGCUCACUAGUAAGAAUGCACAGUUGCAGUCUGAGUCCAGCUCUCUGCAGUCACAAGUGGAUAACCUCUCCUACAGCGAGAGCCAGCUGCAGAGCCAGUGCGAGCAGAUGAGACAGACGAACGGUGCUCUGGAGGUCAGGCUGCUCAAAGAGGAAGAACUUCGAAAAGAGGAAGUGCAGACUCUUCAGGCCGAGCUUUCCGCUGCACAGACAGAAGUCACAGCCUUGAGGACCCAGGUGGAGGAGCUGAAAGACGAGUUGGUAACGCAGAGGCGCAAACACGCCUCUAACGUCAAGGACCUCAGCAAGCAGCUGCAGCAAGCACGGAGAAAAUUAGACCAGACUGAGAAUGGUAACUACGAUAAAGACGUUAGCAGCAUGGGGAGUCGCUCUAGUUCAUCAGGGUCACUUAAUGCUCGAAGCAGUACUGAAGACCGAUCUCCAGAGAAUACCAGCUCCUCAGUGGCUGUGGACAACUUCCCGGAAGUGGACAAGGCCAUGCUGAUUGAGAGGAUAGUGAGGCUGCAGAAAGCCCAUGCCCGGAAGAAUGAGAAAAUAGAAUUCAUGGAGGACCACAUCAAACAGCUGGUUGAAGAAAUAAGAAAGAAAACCAAAAUAAUUCAGAGUUAUGUUUUACGAGAAGAAUCAGGCACACUUUCUUCAGAAGCAUCUGAUUUUAACAAAGUGCAUUUGAGUAGACGCGGUGGCAUCAUGGCAUCCUUGUACACAUCUCAUCCCGCUGAUAGCGGGCUAACACUGGAGCUCUCUUUGGAAAUCAACCGAAAAUUACAGGCUGUUUUGGAGGAUACAUUGCUAAAAAAUAUUACUUUGAAGGAAAACCUGCAAACACUUGGAACAGAAAUAGAACGCCUUAUUAAACACCAGCAUGAACUGGAGCAGAGGACGAAGAAAGCCUAACACAAAGCUCCUGCCUAGUAGGCAGACGAGCCACAGAGCAGCAGGUGCCACUGUCCAGUGUCCUGAAACAGUCCCUGCUUUGUGUCAACUAAUCAAAAAAUUGGUUUUGUUUCCCUGUGUAGAGGUGCCCUUUUAUGAAUGGGUGUGUGGUGUGUGUGUGUGCUGUGAGCUCACUGUGAGCUCAGCCAAGGUCAUUUCUCUGCUGUGCAGUCAGCCACCUUGUCACUGACUCGGUAUUUAAUUUGCUUAUUGCCCUAAAGUGCUAAACAUUAGUACAAGGGUUAAAAAAAACUUUACCCUAGUCCUUUCCUUAGUGACAUCAGCCUUUGAAAAGUAUUCCUGAAAAGAGAGGUGUUCAUCAUCCAAUCAUUCACUAUUUCUGCAACACAAAAAGAAACCCAGAGGAAUUAUAAAGGUUUUCAGUUCUGAUCUGGGCAUAGUGAUCACCCUUAUAGUCCUAACUACUUCAAAGGCUAAAGAGGAUCUCUUGAGCUCAUGAGUUCAAAGCCAGCCUGGAAACAUCUUAAAACCCCAUCACAAUUAGCCCUAAUCACAGAAUAGCCUUGGGUUGUGGUAUAAGGAUGUGUGUGGUACUUUAAAUCAGUUCUGAAUUUACUGACAACUAGACAGGGAAGCUGGCUGUAGGGAAUUAGCUCUGACUGGGCACUGUUUGUCAGGUCUCCUUACCUGACGUAGGUAUGUUUUUCACAUUUGAGUUACUAGUUGAAAUUUUAAAAUCUUUAGUGAUAUAAACUAUGAUUUUAAACAAUAUGUGAACUUAAAGUUUUCCUGUGGAUUUGUUAUAUUUUAAAAUGUGAAAUGGAUCCAGUCAUUAGAACAGAUGAAUGAAGGCUCUGAAACUGGGGUGCUUUGCGACAUGCCUUAGUUUUACUGACAUUGUGUAGAGGGAAGUGUAAGGGCUCGGGGUCACGUGUGCCCAUCACAUAAGCAGGAGCCCAGUUUCCUCAAGUGCAGGUUCCAUAUGUUAUUUAAAAGCUGUGUCUUCAGCCAAAGGGACUCUGGAGCAGAAUUGUAUGUCUUGUUGGAUGUUUACAGUGUUUAAGAUGAAUACUUAAAUGUUGACAAUUGAAAUAUCCACACUUCUGUCAUUGAAGUUUUUUCAGUUGGUAGCUUCUCAUACCCCAGAACCUAAAACACCGCAUUCUGUUGAGGCUGGCUGUAUCCUGAGCAAUCUUGGAGCAUAUCCAGUAAGCUUCUGUUUGUGUUUGGGUUUUUUUUGGUUUUGUUUUUUGGUUUUUUCUAUUUUCCUGUUAAGGAACUUGAGCUUUGGGACCUACAGCUUUAAAGAAUUAUGUGGGCUCUAGCUGAGCAUGGUAGCACAUGCCUGCACUCCCAACACUCAGGAGGUGAAGGAAGAUUAAAGACCAGCCUCAGGUCUACAGGAAGUUGGAGACACCUUGGAAACCUGUACUACGACAGAAUUGUGCGGGCUCUAAAGUUCAGUCAUGACGUCAGUGCCCUUUUAAUGUGUUUUAACAUUUCCUCAAAUCAACAUUGAUUAUAAAUGUAAUUUACUAAAUACUAGAUGUCAGUAUAAUGUCUUUUUGUGAAUAUUAUCUGUUAUUAUCCAGAAAAGUAUCUCUUAGCUUCAGUGUGAAAAUGCAUUCAAAGUUGUUUUAUUUUUAAGAUAGUUGUAAAAAGUACUAGUCAUAAUGUCUUGCUCUUUUUAUUAUUAAUAACUUAUUAGAAUAAAAAAUAAGAGGGUAAGUGCAAUAAAUUCUGACUUAUUUUCCCAUGUAUUCCUAGACAUACUUGCGAAAGGCCUAUGUAGUGUGGGUGGUGUAACCACACCUCCUGGUUCCUCAGGUCAGUGUAACCACACCUCCUGGUUCCUCAGGUCAGUGUAGCCACACCUCCUGGUUCCUCAGGCAGUGCUGAUUCAUGAACUACAGGCAGUUGGGUUUUUUAAUUUCAAAACAUGAAAAUGCAUAGUGGAGACCAAAUAGUGAUCAUGUUCACAAUAAUCUGUACCUAUAUGUACUUUUAAAAUACACAUUUGGUAUAGAAUGGGACAAGCUAGUAUUAAUAUUUGUGCCACCAUGUACUUGAGGAACUUAAUAAUGAAAUAUUUAAAAAUACAAUUACUAAAAGCCAUGCUUUGAUCAUACCUACUGUCCUUCCAUAUCUCUGAAGCUUAAAAAGCUGGAAAAGUUCUAUUUUCUUUUUCAUUAGGCAUCUCCUGUGUCCUUUCAUAUAUGGUCAAGACAGAGAAAAAUAACGUGUAAGAAACGUGUAUGUGUCCAAGAGAACCUCCAUGACUUAUGACAAGCUCCUGGGGUAGAUUUAUUUCUGAGAUUCUUCUGCUCAUAGAAUAUCUGGAGGAGAGACCCUGAGACCACAGUGUGAAUUUAUUUGAUCAUUGUUAGUUACAAAUGUAAAUGACUAUUUUGAUUAUUUAAUAAUAUUUUGGUAUCCUUGGGCAAGAAAUUGGUGUGCGUGCACAUGUGGGUGCAUAUACUUCCCUGGUUUUCAUCUGAAAGUGAGUGCUUGUGACUCCUUUUUUUCCCAUACCACUUGAGAUUUUGAGUCUGUUUGGUGCGUUUGGAUACAGUGAUCAGUUGGUGGUUUGGUUUUGUUUCUUCAUAACAAUUUUAAGCAACUCUAUCAGGCUACACAGGUCAUUUAUUUAUUUAAGAAGUACAUUUGCCUAAUAAACACUCCGCCAGGCACCCUACAGGUGUUGUGGUUGUUACUCUGCAGUCCCUUGCAACUUGUGGUCUCAUUGAAGGGUGUUGAUCUGUUGAUCACUUGCACAGGUAGAUGAGCCAAGCGCCUCAGCUCUGGCCUGGGAGAGUGCUGCUCCCAUGGUGCUCUGCACAGCUCCUAACUUAAGAAGCCAGUUAGACUUUGAGCACUUCAUAACCGCCUGACUGGUGCCUGUCCCAUGCUCCUGAAGAGUCUGGUCCUGUCAGGCAGCUUCUGAAUUCUCUUGUACAGGCUAUUGGUUAUUUUCUAAAUAUUUUUACAAGAAAAUUUAGCCUAAAAUUUGGAUGAAAAAACCCCAAAAACUAUUAAUACUGUAAAUGUGGUACACAUUGCCCUGGUAAGGAUAUUUUUUAUAAAUAAUGACAUUCAUGCUUAGGGACUAUUGAUUCUACUAAUCUGUUUUUCAAGAAUUUUUUUUCAGUUCAUUUUCAUACUACUAUUGUUAAUUCUUAACAAACCAGUUGGUGGCACUAGUGACCAAAAAUUGUCAAAAGUAAACAAGAAAAAUAAUUGAAAAAAGCAAACUAAAUGAGAACUUGGUUGCGUCUUGAAAUGUAUGUUACCUCUUGUGGGCUCUGGAGAUGCUUAUGGCUGUCUUCACAGCUGUCGUUACCUUCCCUUCCCGAGCGCAUAGAUGUAUGCAUUGUAUAGGUAACCCUGGGUUACACUGUGCAUUCUGUAAAUACUCUGUAUAAAGCCAUGCUUUUCUGGGGGUAGGGGGGUCUGUGUACAUUCUGUACUUAUUAAAUAAGCAGUGCCUGUUUA